AUGGUGGACGAAAAAAUCCCAUUCGAAAAGAAUGGACUUAGCUUCUUCGGCCUUUUCCGGCGGGGUUCACGCGCACAGGCGCUGCCAUUGAUCGUCCUGAUCCAUGGCGGGGGAGCGACAUCGGCUUUCUUCGAUAACAAAGUGGUCUCAGUAGUCAAUGAGUUCAACAAGCUCGGUCACGAUGUUCUUAACAUCUCCCGCCCAGGCUAUGGGGGAACUCCCGCGCCGGCUAGCUCGACACCUUUGCGGGACUCGAUUUCGGUGUUUAUUGACUUCAUCGAUCAAGUGCGCAAGGAGAAGGGUCACACAGGAAUUAUCCUGGUAGGCCAUUCGAUCGGAGGAGCCUUGGCUCUGUCCGUUACAUACGAGGCGCAAGGACGGUUACCUAUCUUGGGAGUCAGUGCUAUGGGAUGCUUGCCAACCUUGAAGCCACUGGGGAUACUCGACUGGACAGACCCAGAACCAGAAAAUCCGAGGUUCAUCGUCGAGAGUAAUCCAGAGAAUAUCAAGCGAUUCAUGGGCAGAAUGGAGUGGUUGAAUCUUGAUGCCCUGACAGAGGAAGUUGUGGUGGCGGUUUUUGAGCCUGGCCUGAAAUCCGAAAUGAGGGAGCACCAGACAAAAGAAUUUUUCGAGUACCUUGUCGAUACUGUCUUUCCAGGUGUUCGUUUGCCAGUGCAGUUUCUCGCAGCGGAAAAUGAAGUCAUUUGGGAUGAUGAAGACCCCCUGCAAGGGAAGACUAUCUUCGAUGCCUUAGUAUCGCAUUUCAAGUCUACGCCAGAGAUUGAUGCUGCGAUACUCCCGCGCGGUGGCCAUAACUAUGAAUUCUCGAAAAACGUUGGAUUGCUCUUGAAGCGCAGGAAUGAUUUUGUUCAGAAGUUGACGGCACGGUCAGAAGGCAAAAAUGAUCAAACAACAUCCCAGCUCCCUUUCACACAAAUCCCCGUGUUGGAUUACGCGCAAACGACUUCACCAACGACACGAUCGACUUUUCUGGCAGCACUGAAAGAUGCCAUUGUCAAUGUGGGCUUCUUCUACCUUAAGAACACCGGUGUACCGGAUGAGCUAUACCAAGCAUUAUCGGAACAGUCCUCUGAGCUUUUCAACCUACCAUUGAAUAAGAAACUGGAGAUUGAAAUGGUUAAUAGCAAGCAUUUUCUUGGUUAUUCCCGGCUUGGCCAGGAGAUAACGGCUUUGAAGAACGACUACCGCGAGCAGUUCGAUUUUGCAACUGAGCUACCAGCUCCUGGCCCCGAGGAGCCCCUAUACCGCAACAUUCGAGGACCAAACCAGUGGCCGGAUCCAACCUCUCUGCCCGAUUUCCGCCCAACGAUUGAGAACUAUCUUGACGCAAUCGAAGAACUCUCAAGCUCGUUCCGAUCUCUAGUCGCUGAGGCACUCGACCUUCCCUCGAACGCAUUUGACGACUUCUUUGACGUUCCUCAGCAGAACAAGUUCAAGUUAAUCAAGUACCCCGAGCCUUUCGGCUCUCGCCCCGGUGAAGAGACUCAAGGUGUCGGCCCACACAAAGACUCGUGCUUCCUCACAUUCCUCCUACAAGCCACCCCGCAUACAGGAUUAGAAGUACAGAAUAAAGCAGGAACCUGGCUUCCAGUACAUCCCAUCCCAGGAACGCUGGUGAUCAACAUUGGUCGCGCUCUCGAAGCUAUUACUGGUGGAGUGUGCACCGCGACAACACAUCGUGUGAAUCUGCGCCGAGAGAAUUAUCUUGAUGCAAAUGGUCAGUCAAUCGGUCCGCGCUUCUCCUUUGCGGUCUUCUCAGGCGUGAGUCUUGAUUUGGGCGUUGAGAAGAUUCACAUUGAGAUCCCGCAGCAUGUCAAAGAGUUGGUGAAAGAUGAUAAGGUACGGUCGGAUGCCGAGGCUACAUUCAAUGAGAUGUUCACUGGUAGCAUCGGCCAGGGAACACUUAUUGCACGUAUUACGAGCCACCAAGAUGUUGCCCAGCGGUGGUAUCCUGAUCUACUGAAGCAGGCGCUGAGGGCUCAGCAUGAGAAACAGUGA